AUGCCCACUGUGCGUGGCCCACAACGAAAUCAAAGGCUGAAAUUCAAAGAAAAUCAUCCGCAAUACGAAUCUCACAUCUUGAUUCAGCGUACAGAUACUGUUGUACCCGUUUUGAUUGGACCUCAGAUCCCUCGAAAAGAUCGAGAAGACACGAAAGAACGAUAUGCUCGUGCUAUUUUGACAUUGUUUUUGCCCUGGAGAAGUGUAGAUGACUUAUGUCAAGCUGAUCAAGCUGAUAUUAUGUGGGACCAAUAA